AAAAUCAUAAUCCAUAAAUUAAAGGAGAGAAGCUUCUAGAGAGAUAAAAGUGUGACACAAAUUAAAUCUUAUUUCUUUUCCAUCCUAUACAACUCAAGGUACAAAAACAUAAUUUUUGUGCCAUUGACUCAUAAACGAAAAUUCUUUUCCCAUUACCAAAGCAUUUUUUGCACCUUUUUAUAACACCAUUUUUCCUUAUAUUAUAAAAACUCUAUCUAUCUAUCUAUAUAUAUAUAUCUUCUUCAUUGAAAGCUACCCCCGCCACCCUUCGUCUUCUUAAACAUUUUUAUCAAAAUUUUUAUCUUUACCUUCUUAUCAUUCAUAUCUGAUUUUGAUCUUCAGAUUUGAUUUUCAGAAAAUUAAAUUUAUCUCUCAACAAUUUCUAUCAUAUAUCAUAUUUUUAUUUUAUUUUCAGGAUUGAUUGCUUUCUAUCGCUCACCUUCGUAUCAUUCUCCUUAAUAUUAUAUCUUUUGGUUUUGUAGGCCACUUACAAUCUUUUUUUCUUUUUAGUUUAUGUUCGUUUUAUGAGAGAUUUUCAUUUCUACACAUACGAGAUUUGAAAAGACUAGGUGGUCAAAAAAUCUUCAUAUUUCUACGCAUACAAAAGAUCUGAAAAGACCAUAUGGUCAAAAUAUCAUAAUUUCAACCUAUACGAGAUUUGAAUAUACCAAGUGGUCAAGAGAUGUUCAUUUCUACCCAUACGAGAUCGGCGGUCAAGAUAUCUUAAUUCCCUAUUGGUAUAAUAUUGUUAAUAGUAAAGAGAGAAUUUUUAUUUUAUGAUGGAUCAUCACAGGGACAAUGAAUUUGAAUAUCAAGAAAUCGAGAAAACAAAGACAUCAUCAAAAUUCAAUAGAUCAAGGACUAUACACAGCCCGAGAAACUCGAUUGAAUUCCCCGAAAAGCCCUUGUAUCUCUACCCUUCUCCUCAUUCCAUCGAACGUAAUGGCUCCAUUAAAAAGCUUCAUUGCUCACCUUUAGGAUCCAUGGUUGGAAAAGUGAAAAAGCUGUAUUCAAUUUUCGAUUCUCGUAAAGAAAAUCCUCGAUCCUCGAUUCCAAAACCUCAAAGCAAGCAUUCUUCAAAGCCUCUGUUAUUGGCUGGAACAGAGGAUCGUGUGGUAAUUUACUUCACGAGUAUCCGUGGAAUUCGAAGGACCUUCGAGGAUUGUUACACAGUGAAGAUGAUAUUAGGAAGCUAUCGUGUUAAAGUGGAUGAAAGAGACGUGUCAAUGCACAUGGCGUAUAGGAAGGAAUUGCAAAAUGUUGUAGGGGAGAAGAACAACCAUACAUUGCCACAGGUUUUUAUCAAAGGGAAAUACAUUGGAGGUGCUGAAUUGAUCAAGCAAUUGAACGAAAUCGGCGAAUUGCCAAAGUUGUUAAGAGGGGUUCCUUUAAGGCCAAUUGGUUAUAUCUGUGAAGGUUGUGGGGAUGUACGAUUCGUGCCUUGCUCGAAUUGCGAUGGCAGCAGGAAAUUUUUCGAUGAAGAUGAAGGACAAGUUAGGAGGUGUCUUAUUUGUAAUGAGAAUGGAUUGAUUCGAUGCACACUUUGUUCUACAUGAUGUAUUGAUAACAUGUAUAGUUUUUUAGGCAGAAUUUUAAAUGAGUGAUGAGGUAAAUGUAACACUUUUGUAUCAAACAGGUGGCGCUUAAUCUAAUAUAAACUACUAUCUAUUACUAUGUAUGUA